ACAGUGAACAAGGUCAUCCCACGGAAGCAAAAUAGUCCUGAGGAGAACAGGACUGUGAUCAUCAAAGUUGGAAAGACAAGACUGAUUGAGAAGAAUCACUUGUUUCACAUGGCUACUGUCAAGAUGGCAGAGGCAAAUGCAUCAUCUUCCUCCAUUGCUACUACAGCACUGGGAAAAGCAAGCCUUUCAAAAGAGAUGAUUAUGCUCUUAUGUAUCCCUAUAGCGGUUAUGGGAUUAAUUGGAAAUGGAAUUGUCAUCUGUCUUUUCUGCUACCGACACAAGAAUUCUAGGUUUUUUCUGUAUUUUCAGAAUAUUGCUUUUGCUAAUAUUAUUGUACUUAUUGAUGUAUUUGUGGUUUUCCAGAGGACUUAUUUUCAUACAGUUAUUAAGCCUUUUGUUGUACAUCUAGUAGAGAUGCUACAGACAUUAGGGUACAACACGAGGUUCUAUAUCUUAACAGCAGUCUGUGUUGAGAGGUGUCUCAUCAUCUUCUCGCGAGCUUGGAAUAAACGUUACCGGCCACAGCACAUGGCAAUCAUGGUGUGCGGCACUUUGUGGAGCUUGUCUUGCCUGACCUCCGUGGUGGAUAAUUUGGCCUGCUCCACAGAUUUCAUCACCACUUAUGAACAAUUUGCAAUUGACUGUAAAACUGCAAGUCUAAUAAGCAUCAUCGUUGAUUUAGCAAUUUUUCUCCCCGUCACUAUUCUCUCCACUUUCGCCAUUUUGAUCAGGACUCAGACACAGCAAGUGCCAUCAGCAAGCCUUGAUGUCACCAUUGAGGCCAUUGUUAUUCUUUAUCUUCUAACUGACACACCAGUUAGAAUUACUCAUAAUAUUAUAUAUUGGUUUCAAGAAAUAGAUGUGUUUCUUUUGAUUACAAUUACUCAGUUAUUAGAUUCCAUCAACUGUGCUGUUAAUCCAUUGAUCCUUGUAAUUGUUGGAUAUUGGAAGAAAACUCCAGAAGAGCCUUUCUCUCUGUUACUUGAAAAAGCUUUGGAAGCUGAAGAAAACAUGGCACCGAGAACAGAAGCAGAUGAAGAGCCAGCCUGAGAAUUUUGGUGAGCUUCAAAAACCAAAUCCUUUUACUGCAACGAAUACAUCUAUAAACUGAUGAAUGCCUUCUAGAGAAAUGGUUUGGCACAAGUUGUGGUUCAUAAGAAAUAAUAAAUCUUAUUUAUUUGUCCUAUCUUCUAUUGUACAGUAAAAAAAACAUAAUGCAGGCAUGCUGGUGGUCCAAUCUAAGCUUUUUUC